AUGGAUUUCCGCGACGUGCUCUGCCUGCGCGGCUUUGCGACUUAUGCCGCCCGUCAUCCCUGGGAGAUGUGUGCCAGCGUCGGGCCGACCCUGAGCGAGGUCACUUUUGGUCUGCUCGGGUCGUCGUUCAAGCCAGAGCGCGACUUCAGGAAUCUCGAGGGCAAGGUUGUCUUGGUUACCGGAGGGAACACCGGCCUGGGCAAGGAGACCAUCCUCAAGCUCGCGGAACACAACCCGGCACGCAUCUACUUGGCAGCCCGCAACGAGUGCAAGGCGCGAGAGGCGAUCAGAUCGAUCCAAGCCAGCCUCUCGUCCCCCGCCGACAUCAGGUUUCUCCCGCUCGACCUCGCAUCUUUCACAUCCAUCCGGGCGGCGGCAGACAAGUUCCAAACCGACUGCGACCGGCUGGACCUCCUUAUUCUCAAUGCGGGUACAAUGGGCAAUCCGCCGACCACAACCGAGGACGGGUUUGAGGUGCAGCUCGGUACGAACCAUGUGGGCCAUUUUCUCCUGACGAAGCUGCUUCUGCCCACGUUACAACAGACCGUCGACCGCGAGAAGGCGACGGGGCUCGACCCUGACGUCCGCGUGAUAACACUAGCUUCGCUCGCCCAUACUAUCGCCCCAUCUUCCCUUGAAGGAAUGACAUCCACACCCGGCCUGUUAGCAAGUAGCACCUGGACUCGCUAUGGUGCCUCCAAGGCAGCUAACAUUUUAUUUGCGUCCGAGCUUGCGCGCCGACAUCCCGAGAUACUGUCCGUAGCGGUCCACCCGGGUACGGUCAAUAGUGACCUGUACGAGCAUGCUAGGCGGGUCGAUGCCAUGACAAAGUAUAGCGUGGGUGUCAUGCUACUUUUCUUCCGGAAUGUCUCCAGUGGCGCGCUCAAUCAGCUCUGGGCAGCUGGGGUUUCCAAGGAGAAAUUAGUCAAUGGAGCUUACUAUACCCCUGUUGGGUAUCGCACCAGCGGAACGACUGUGGUCCGGGAUGCAGAUCUCGCUCGGGAGCUCUGGGACUGGACGGAGGAGCAGGUUGCCGCCCACACGGACUCCAAAGCCCUAUGA